ACCUCCAGAAGUGCAAAGCUGUAUCUGCCUGAAGUCCAGGUGGCCCUGUGGGCAUUAACCCCCUGUCCUUGCCUUGUCUUCCAGGUGCUGAAGGGCUGCAAGAAGCUGAACCUGUCGGUGCACUCGGUGGGGCGCAUCCCCGGGGGUUAUGUCACCAACCACAUCUACACCUGGGUGGACCCCCAGGGCCGCAGCGUGUCCCCCCCCACGGGGCUGCCCCACCACCAGAACAGCUCCCUGCGCAGGGACAGCGAGAAGAGGAGCCACCUCCAGCUCCUGCAGGAGGGGGAUGAGAAGAAGGUGAAUCUGGUCCUGAACGAGGGGAAAUCCCUGGGCCUCAUGAUCCGAGGAGGGGCAGAAUAUUCCCUGGGCAUCUACAUCACGGGUGUGGACAAGGGCUCCGAGGCAGAGAGCACUGGCUUGAAGGUGGGAGACCAGAUCCUGGAGGUGAACGGCCGGAGCUUCCUGAGCAUCCCCCACGACGAGGCCGUCAAGCUGCUCAAGUCCUCGCGUCACCUCAUCAUGACGGUGAAGGACAUCGGGCGCCUGCCCCACGCCCGCACCACGGUGGACGAGACCCGCUGGAUCACCAGCUCCCAGCUCGGGGAGACGCUGCUCAGCUCAGCGGGGGCAGUGGGUGACCAUGCUAUGGACGUGGCAGCCAGGCCCGUGUUCUACCGGGGGCUGGCCGGCUCGCAGGUGACCCUGAGCACCAUGGUGAACCAGACACGCGUCAUGCUGGAGGAGCAGGCACGGCACCUGCUCAACGAGCAGGAACGGGCCACCAUGGGCUACUACCUGGACGAGUACAAGGAGGGCAACAUCUCCGUGGAUGCUCUGGUCAUGGCCCUCUUUGAGCUGCUCAACACACAGGCCAAGUUCUCGCUGCUCUCCGAGGUGAGGGGGGUGAUCUCCCCACAAGACCUCGACCGCUUCGACAACCUGGUGCUGAAGAGGGAGAUCGAGUCCAUGAAGGCCCGGCAGCCCGCGGGGCCCAGCACCGACUCCUACUCCAUGAUGUCCUACAGCGACACCGUCUCGUCCUCCAGCAGCCACUUCACUGCCACCACCGUCAGCUCCGCCCGGGAGCGACUCCUGUGGCUCAUAGACCUGAUGGAGAACACGUCAGAGCUGGAGGGAGCUGGGGACUGCCACCAGAGCAGCAUCAACACCCUGCCAGAUGUGUCCCUGGAUGAUGUCUCCUCCUUCCCAGAGGAACCACCCAACUUCAAGCCUCCUCCUCCUCCAUCAGCCCCCCAGAGCCUGGACCCCUCCUCUUCCCAGCACCGGCUCCCGGGGAAGGACAAGCCCAAGCGCCCCUCCUCCGAGUCCUCCCAGUCUGGCCUUUUCUUCGUGGCCCCCCGAAACCCCUCUCCCCCUCCCAGCACCCCCGAGAAGGACACGGUCAGCGUCACCUCCACGGCCUCCACGUCCACCGAGGACUCUGCCCCCAGCGCCAUCUACGCCACCAUCUCCCCGUCCCCGCACGGCUCCCGCAGGCCGGCGGACCACCCCGCGCCCCCUCCCCCGGACAAGGGCAGCCCCCAGGCCGUGGCCAACCAGCAUUUCAUCAUGGUGGAGGUGCACCAGCCCAACAGCGAGCCCGACGUCAACGAAGUGAGGCCCCUGCCCCAGGCCAGAGCCUCCACGCUCUCCCAGCUGUCGGACAGCGGGCAGACCCUCAGCGAGGACAGCGGGGUGGACAUCGGGGAGGUCGAGACGAGCGGCAAGGACAAGAGCCGGCAGCCGGGCCCCGGGAAAAGCCGGAGCCUCAAGGAGGCCACGAGGAGCGAGGGGGCGGCAGAAGGGGCCUCCAAGCCGCCAGGGCUCCUGGAGCCCACGUCGUGUCUGAUCCGGGUGUCCAAGAGCGCUCCCACCUUGGGCAUCGCCAUCGAGGGCGGCGCGAACACGCGGCAGCCGCUGCCCCGCAUCGUCACCAUCCAGCGGGGGGGCUCGGCACACAACUGCGGGAAGCUGAAGGUGGGACACGUCAUUUUGGAGGUGAACGGCACAGGACUCCGAGGAAAAGAGCACCGGGAAGCCGCCCGGAUCAUCGCUGAGGCCUUUAAGCUGAAGGAAAAGGACUACAUCGAUUUCUUGGUCACAGAAUUCAACGUCGCCCUUUAGGAGC